GUUCUGAGUCUCUCGGCGGGCUGCGCAUACAGUUGUCUGCACUCCGAGAGAGCAGCAAUCUCACUCAUAUUUGCAGCAAUUAGGGAACAAAAGCACUGAUUCUUUCAGGGGCCGGAGAUUUUGCGUACACCGUAAAACUCCACUUUUCGGCAUAUAAUUGAAAAUCAACCUUGAGACAUUUUUUGUUCUCCUCUUCCAGAGCAAUAAUUGCUCUGCUAGGUGUGGGUUACUUAAAUAAGGUCCGCUAUUUUUCUCUCUUUUUUUUUGUCUUUCAACUCUUGAGUUUCUCGACAUUGCACGAGUAGGGGCGAGAGGGAUUUAUUUCCGUUGGGUUUCCCCCCCCCCCCCGUCCUUUUACAAACGCACUUUUGUUCUUUUUCCGAAACCUGAUCUGUAGAAAUGAAAACCAAAUUCUCCAACAGCACGGAAACCACGGGGAUGGGGCUCUUGAUCGCACAGAAUGGGCUCCGUGUUCAGCAUGAAGAAGCCACAGACUACAAAGCGGGAAAACAGGACGAACCCGACCAACAGACCAAGCAUAAAGCGUAUCUGUGGUGUAAAGAAUUUCUUCGAGGUGCUUGGAAAACCUUGACAGAGGAGGAAUUCCAAAUUAGUAUCAUAAGGGGUGGCCUUAGUAAUCUGCUUUUUCUGUGUUCGUUGCCUGAUACUAAAAGCUGUGUAGAGGAUGAACCACACUGUAUUCUCCUUCGAUUGUAUGGAGCAAUUCUUCAGAUGACCUGUAAUAAAGGGGAGACAAAACAGAAUAACGAGGAAGGAUUUAAUGUUCGGGGAACUGAAGCCAUGGUUUUGGAAAGUGUUAUGUUUGCAAUCUUGGCAGAACGAUCCCUUGGACCAAAGUUAUAUGGAAUCUUUCCUCAGGGUCGUUUGGAACAGUUUAUCGCAAGUCGAAAAUUGGAGACUAGAGAAUUGGCUAUUCCGAGUAUUUCGACAGAAAUAGCAAAAAAGAUGGCCACAUUCCACAGAAUGACAAUGCCGUUUAACAAAGAACCUAAAUGGUUGUUCUGUACUAUGGAGAAAUAUUUGCAGCAAGUGAUGCGAAUUAACUUCACAAAGGAGUCACACAUUGGUGCAUUCCACAAGCUUCUUAGUUACAACCUGCCUCAGGAAAUUGCGAAGCUACGGUCUUUGCUUCAAGCAACUCCUUCACCAAUUGUUUUCUGCCACAACGACUGCCAGGAAGGAAACCUUCUCCUGUUGGAUAAUCCUGAGAACUCUGAUAACAAACUGAUGUUGAUUGACUUUGAAUAUAGUAGCUACAACUUUAGAGGGUUUGAUUUUGGGAAUCAUUUCUGCGAAUGGAUGUAUGACUACAACUGCGAUGAGUAUCCGUUUUUUAUUGCUGACAUCAAGAAAUACCCCACCAAAAUGCAACAGCUCAAUUUUAUUAGAGUUUACAAUGCUGAGCUGCAGAAUGCCUUUGAAGUCUUGGAUGAAAAACAGAUUGCAAAAAUGGAAGAGCAAAUGCUGGAAGAAAUAAAUAGAUAUGCACUUGCAUCUCAUUUCUUUUGGGGCUUAUGGUCUAUUAUUCAAGCUCGGAUUUCAACUAUUGAAUUUGGAUAUUUGGAGUAUGCCAUUGCGAGAUUUGAAACUUACUUUGAACAGAAAAGGCAACUGGGUGUUUGAUUACAAAGCCUAUGGGAUGAACCAGUGGUAUGAAGUAAAGACAAAGGCAGAAGAGUAAUUUAACACUGUCAGGGCCAAUUAUGGAAAUCCACAACAAGGUCCAAGCAGAGAUCUGACUGUGGGGAUUUGAUUCAUGUGGGUUGAAGUUUAGAAUAUGGAUUUGUAGAGUUUAAAAGAAAAAUCAAAUUUAUGGAAUGCAAAAUGUUAUGUUUACCUUUUUUAGAGAUGCUUUAUAAAUAGAAUUUCAAAAAGCACAGUAAUAUGUUAAACCAGUACGAAAUAACUAAUCCUUCAACUGGAGUAACUUUAUUUGUUAGAUAUUCAAUGAACAAAAUAUUGGAUAGUGUACAUCAAAAUAUUCUCCCAUCUGGAAAAUCUGACAUGUAUUUUACGAAAGCUUUUUUACAUUACUCUUCUGUUUUUUAGUAAAAAUAUUUUUUGGUUAAGUGAUAUCACAAAUGAGCAACAAGUUGAUUUAUUUGCUGAAGCACUUACCUAUAAAUAUAGAUUGAAACAGUUUAAUCAUUUUAUCUCAUAAUAUUUGGGAAACUAAAGCUACUUAAGUUAAAUUUGUAUAUACAACAUAGUAUCAUUUUGCUUUGUUAAUGAUAACACACUUGUCGAAGGGAGGAAUAGAACUAGAUGCUUUCAGUAAUCUGACUGAUACCUGAGCCAUAUAGGGCAUAAGUACCUUAACCCUAUUAAUGAUUGAAUAGCAAGCAUAGUUAAACAACCAAGUGAGAUUGUUCUUUCAUCGUGUCCUUGAAUCUUCCCAGUCAUCUUCAGAUAAUCUUGCAAUAAGAUGGUCCAAGCUGCUAAUGAACCAGGAUGCCUUUGCAGUGUUCUUCGCUGGUAUUCACAUUGUUCAGUCAUUUGAACGCUAGAAGUAGCCCUAAACAAACUUGGAUAAGUCUAGUUCUUGGGUAGUACAUCUGUACCUACAUUUAUUUUAAUCUCGAGUAUUGGGAUUAGGGGAUGUGGAGGGAGGGUAUUAUGGAAUCCCAUAUAGAAGGGUGUAGUGGAUUGAGUUUGAUCUCUGAUAUGGGACCAGUUUCUAAUAUGUUGAGUUGAUAUAGUUUUUUAAAACUAUAGUUUACGGUAUCAAAUUGUAGCAGUUUUGAUUUUUCUUUCAUUCUGACGUCAUUACAUCGUGAAGACUAUUUUUGGAGGAAUAUGUUCAAUCUUUACUGUUCCUUUAUACUCAAUAAUAAUGUGAAUAAACAUAAUAUGAUGUUAUAUCUUCUUUUUUUUUUUUUGAAUGAGUUGAAUGUUUGAAUCUUGUAUUAAUUGCAACCGAAUCACUAAAUUAAAUUGACUUUCUUUGAAGUUCAACAUUGACAAGAAUCCAUUAAGGAUGAACAGGCAGGAUUUUGUAAAAGGCAGCUGGUCUGCAGUCUUGCCAAAGUUGAAUUUCCAACCCUGAUGUUGCUUUCUAUCAUCUAUUGAGAUGAUAUCUUUUGCAGUUUCAUCAACACUCUUUAGUUUCCAAGCCAACUAGAUUGUGAAUUUCAAGUUCUGCUGUUGUCAGUUUGCUGUACCUGAGGUCAAGUAAGAGUAACUAAUAUUUAUCAGUAACUUAGUAUUCUAUUAUUGUCUGUAAUUCAAUUGAUGUGCCCACAUGAAGGCAAGUAAGCUAACACCUGAGCCAUUUUCUUUGUCUUGUACAGUAUAAUGUGCAAGUAGUUUGAUUGAGCUCUGAAAUUAAGACCAAAGGCAAGAUUGAUUGGAAUGGGUGGGAAAGUUUACAAAUCAACGUUUAUUUGAUGAGCAUUGAAGCUAUUCAUUGAAUUAUCCAGAGCAAAUUAUUAUAAAUGAAGUUAAUGCAAAUAUAAAGCUAAUCUGUACAUAUAUUUUGUACAUGUUUGAACUUUGUCACCAGAUUAGGGCUUUAAUUCUUCGUACCAAUCGAAUAUCUUACCAAGAUGCAGAUAGAAGCCAGUCCAGUAAAGCUCUAAUUCCUAUUUUUAAAGAGUUUUGUACAACCUAUUUGUUUAAAAUACGGUGUGAAAUGCUAUAGCCAACUUAAACUAUGCCAACAAAAGUUGAAAUGUAAAAUGUUAGUACUGUAUUUCAUGUAUCACUAAAUACAUUUUGGUUUGCAGUUACACUGUUAAUGACAAAAGACAACAAUGUUACCUUUGUGUCAUGCUUCAGCUUUACUGGCUCGGUCCUGCCUUUUUAGUAAGAUAGCGUAAUUGCACUGGUGGAAUUGCAGUAUAAGCAAUCAAAAUUUACCUUGUAUGUUGAGGUAUUGACUUUGUUUAUGACUGUAAAGAAAAUGUGAUGAAUGCUUUUAACUUUAUAAUGCAGUGAUGUGGUGUGAUAUGUUUAUGUUAAUGCCAAAUCAGUUGUAUUUUUGUAAAACGUCAUUGCACAGUUUAUGUAUGGCAUCAAAUCUUUUAAUAAAGCUUUCCUAACAGCAUAAGGAAAUAUGAUUGAAGAGUAUGCACUUGACUUUCUCAGUGUGGCCAAAGAUGAUAUAUCAAGAUAAUGACAAUUUCUGGAUAUAAAUGGUUCCAUUUGGAGCAGUGCUUAUGAAUGAUUUGCUUUCAAAAUAAAAUUUCUUAACUGGAUGCAA